AUGGCAAACUAUCAUUUAGCCAGGUCUCUUUUGAAACAAGGAAUGCGCCUGACACAGCCCGGAAAAACAAAUAUGCUCUACCAAGUGAUCCUAAAGCUGCGCUUGCAGCUCUGGAAAGCACGCAAACGGAAAGAAGAAGCCAAGAUCCAAAAACAAAUUGAGCGUGGCCAAGAUGCUUCGCAGGCGCGUGAAGCAGCUAAAGAAGCAGAGCGCUGGGGCAAGGCGAUGGCAGCCUCAGAAGGCGUUCGCAUUCGCGACAAUGUCCAUGUUUUGAAACAAACACUGAAGCGUCGAGAACGAUCCAAAGAAAAGAGUGCCAAGUCUUGGAAUGAGAGGCGCAAAGCAGAGCAAGAAGCGCAAGCAGCGAAACAAAAGCGAAGAAUGGAGAAUCUCUCCUCUCGUCGCGAAGCUAAAAAGACGAGUGGCAAGUCUAACAAGUCUGUACGUUCACCUAGCAGAGCACGCCCAGGUUUUGAGGGUAGCUCUCGCUCGUUCUCUAGUGGACAUCGCAAGUCGGCAUCAGGUUCAUCCAGUGGUGGCGGCAAUAAGUCCUCACGUCCAUCGAAACGAUAG